AUGCGGCCCCGCAGCGCCCUGCCCCGCCUGCUGCUGCUGCUGCCGCCGCCGCCGCCGCUGCUGCUGCUCCUGCUGCUGCCCGCCGCCGGGCCGGCCCAGUUCCACGGAGAGAAGGGCAUCUCCAUCCCAGACCACGGCUUCUGCCAGCCCAUCUCCAUCCCGCUGUGCACGGACAUCGCCUACAACCAGACCAUCAUGCCCAACCUGCUGGGCCACACGAACCAGGAGGACGCGGGUCUGGAGGUGCACCAGUUCUACCCGCUGGUGAAGGUGCAGUGCUCGCCCGAGCUGCGCUUCUUCCUGUGCUCCAUGUACGCGCCCGUGUGCACCGUGCUGGAGCAGGCCAUCCCGCCGUGCCGCUCCAUCUGCGAGCGCGCGCGCCAGGGCUGCGAAGCGCUCAUGAACAAAUUCGGGUUCCAGUGGCCCGAGCGCCUGCGCUGCGAGCACUUCCCGCGCCACGGCGCCGAGCAGAUCUGUGUGGGCCAGAACCACUCGGAGGACGGGGCGCCCGCGCUGCUCACCACCGCGCCGCCGCCAGGACUGCAGCCGGGCGCCGGGGGCACCCCGGGCGGCCCGGGCGGCGGCGGCGCGCCCCCGCGCUACGCCACGCUGGAGCACCCGUUCCACUGCCCGCGCGUCCUCAAGGUGCCGUCCUACCUCAGCUACAAGUUUCUGGGUGAGCGCGAUUGCGCGGCGCCGUGCGAGCCGGCGCGGCCCGACGGCUCCAUGUUCUUCUCCCAGGAGGAGACGCGGUUCGCGCGCCUCUGGAUCCUCACCUGGUCGGUGCUGUGCUGCGCCUCCACCUUCUUCACGGUCACCACGUACCUGGUGGACAUGCAGCGCUUCCGCUACCCGGAGCGGCCCAUCAUCUUCCUGUCGGGCUGCUACACCAUGGUGUCGGUGGCCUACAUCGCGGGCUUCGUGCUCCAGGAGCGCGUGGUGUGCAACGAGCGCUUCUCCGAGGACGGCUACCGCACCGUGGUGCAGGGCACCAAGAAGGAGGGCUGCACCAUCCUCUUCAUGAUGCUCUACUUCUUCAGCAUGGCCAGCUCCAUCUGGUGGGUCAUCCUGUCGCUCACCUGGUUCCUGGCGGCCGGCAUGAAGUGGGGCCAUGAGGCCAUCGAGGCCAACUCGCAGUACUUCCACCUGGCCGCCUGGGCCGUGCCGGCCGUCAAGACCAUCACCAUCCUGGCCAUGGGCCAGAUCGACGGCGACCUGCUCAGCGGCGUGUGCUUCGUGGGCCUCAACAGCCUGGACCCGCUGCGCGGCUUCGUGCUGGCGCCGCUCUUCGUCUACCUGUUCAUCGGCACCUCCUUCCUGCUGGCCGGCUUCGUGUCGCUCUUCCGCAUCCGCACCAUCAUGAAGCACGACGGCACCAAGACGGAGAAGCUGGAGCGGCUCAUGGUGCGCAUCGGCGUCUUCUCGGUGCUCUACACCGUGCCCGCCACCAUCGUCAUCGCCUGCUACUUCUACGAGCAGGCCUUCCGCGAGCACUGGGAGCGCUCCUGGGUGAGCCAGCACUGCAAGAGCCUGGCCAUCCCGUGCCCGGCGCACUACACGCCGCGCACCUCGCCCGACUUCACCGUCUACAUGAUCAAGUACCUCAUGACGCUCAUCGUGGGCAUCACGUCCGGCUUCUGGAUCUGGUCCGGCAAGACGCUGCACUCCUGGAGGAAGUUCUACGCGCGGCUGGCCAGCGGCCGGCACGGCGAGACCACCGUGUGAUUGGCCGCGCGCAGACGGGCCGCGCCCCGGAUUUUAUUUUUCUAAAUAAAGAACAGUCAAAACCAUUUCUUUUUUUUUUUUUAAGGUCGUUUUUUUAAAAAAGAGAGAGAAAACUCUGCUCAACAGCCCACCAGGUUUGUAAUUAAAACUGUAAAUAGCCUUUGUAAAUUUAAUUAUAUAUUUUCUAUUUAAAAGAAAAAAGAAAAAAAAAAAAGAGCAGCGACUGCGCUAGGGCUGAAGGAAUUCGGGGGGUGGGCAGGUUCCUUUUUUAAGGAGGGCUGGGGUCCACCCUUCGGGAAUCGCGCGCACCUGGGCUGGGGCUUGCGUGGGGCUUGGCGGGCGGCGCCUCGCCCCGCGCCGCGCCGGCUGGAAGAAGUUGGCCUUGGUUCCGUCCGGUUUCCAUCAGAGCCACAUCUGCGAGCCCCCUCGUGGACGCUGGGCCUGGGGAAGCUGCAGGGUAUUUUUGAACGAGACUUGGGAUUUUUUAUUUCCCUCUCCCUCUUUGCUCUCCCCACUCAAGUGGCCUGCCUCCUUCGCCCGGUCUCCGGAGAGCUCCGCACGGGGAUGAAGAUUGGAAAACAGAACACAAACAACCAACACCGGCCCAGUGCC